GCUUUUCAUAAUGGUUCAUUAUUACAAAGCAGGUUCACAUAUAAAAUAUAAAGAACAAAUAAUGAAGCACCUAUAAGAUAAAACAACACGUCCUAAAUUAUUUUAAUAAUUGCUGUAGGCUAUUGCAGUACACCGUAAUUUACAGUUUUCUUGUGAAAAAUGUUUUCAUAAAUGUUUUUUAUUAUUUAUGUUUACCUUUUUUUGAUGAAGUCUUCUGUAUUUUGUUGUUCUGGGCGUCUCUGGUUGAGUCCCGUCGCAAUUCAAAUGUCUUUUCAAAUUACGGUUUGAUGCCAUGAUUUCAGAGCAUAGACUGUUUCAGAGUAUCUAGUCUCUAACUUUGAAUUUGGCGGUAAAGUGUGUGCCGUAUAGUUUUGAAGCUCACUGCAACCAAUCGGAGCAUCUGACGCCUGACGUUACAUGUUACGCAAUCCCGUCAAUCAUAGUAGGUCUGACUCUGCAGGUGAGGUGAAAAGGUCUCGAAUCACGAUGCCUUACCAAUUCGCUAUAUAUUACUUUUUAGACAAAACAGUAAAAGUUGAAAGUGCAUCGCUUAUUGGGAAUUUGGCCAAUUUAAGUCAAGUGACGUCGCAGCCAGACCUUGACAGCGAUGAUAACUGGAUUGAGAUCAAAUGGCCCACACGAAAAGAGCCCGAUAGGACAGUACCAGCUAAAGUCCUACUAUUAGGAGAUUCGUUCAAGGAUCUUGUCACAAAGAAGAAUUUAUUCAUUUUGGGUAAAGAUAUAUGGACCAAGGAAGAAUGCAGGGGUGUUAUCAUGAAAAAGAAAAUGCUGGAGACCAAUGCGGUGGAGGCAAAAAAAGCUAAGAUGGAAAAGCAAACCAAGAUCAAAGAGACAGCCAAGAACCAGAUGCUUCAAAACCUGAAGGUUUCCCUUUCCAAAAAUAAGAACAAAAACACACAAGAUCAGCAUAAUAGUGAGGCAACUGAGGAGGAAUUUCCACAACAACUUUAUUGUCAAGCAAAGACUUUAAAGGCUGCCAGACCCAAAUCAUCCACUCCUGAUGAUUACACCAGUUCAGAUGAUGAUGCCACAGUCAUACGGAGUCCAAACCAACCUGACAUUGGUAGUGAUAUGGAUGAAGGAUUACCCGCAAUGCAGCACAAUUUAAUGGAUUAUAGCACUGGUCAACAAAUGGCACCCCAAAUGGAUGAAAUCAUGGCAUCCCUUCGUGAACUUCCAGAAAUGAUUAAAAUAAUGAAGGAGUGUGUCCACUGUAUAAAGUCAUUGAAGCCCUCGUUUGGGGGGACCCCAUCAUCCACAACCUCCUCUUUUGUCACUGAAGUUGAGAUGGUACGUUACAAUUAAAGAAUAAAAGAUACAUUUAUCAUUGUAUUAUUUAAGAACUACAUUAAAUUCAUAGCUUUUGAACGUGUACAUAUUGUAUUUUGUUUUGAACAGGGAUCAUCCUUAAAGUUGUAGGUUACAUAUAUGUUACAUCAUGUGAAUUAUCUUGUUAAUGGGAACCUGCACACGAGAGAUCAU